AAAACCGUUGCCAUAGGAAGACUGGAAGGAACCCAGGAAAGGAGAAGAAGCAGGCGACAGCUGCACGGACUAGGAACUACGGUUCUUGGCUCUGUGUGUUUCCCGCCUAGCUAGUCUCGUUGAAGGCUCGACUUGGCUUCCGGGACAUGAAGGGCCUGCCGACGGGGAAGUAUGUCGAGCUUCUCCAGGGCUUCCCAGCAAUGGGCCACCUUUGCCCGAAUGUGGUAUCUCUUAGACGGGAGGAUGCAGCCCCCUGGCAAGCUGGCAGCUGUGGCAUCAGUAAAGCUUCAAGGGCUGCACAAACCUGUGUACCAUCAAAUCAGUGACUGUGGAGAUCACGUUGUCAUAAUGAACACACGACACAUUGCAUUUUCUGGAAACAAAUGGGAACAGAAAGUGUACUCCUCACACACGGGCUACCCCGGUGGAUUUCAGCAGGUGACCGCCAUCCAGCUUCACCUGCGGGACCCGGUGGCAAUUGUGAAGCUAGCCGUGUACGGCAUGCUGCCAAAAAACCUGCACAGAAGAACCAUGAUGCAGAGGCUGCACCUCUUUCCAGACGAGGAUAUUCCGGAAGAUCUCCUCAGGAACCUAGUGGAGGAGCUUCCACAGCCCCGAAAGGUGCCCCAGCGUCUGGACGAGUACACCCAGGAGGAGAGAGAGGCGUUCCCCAGAGUGUGGUCCCCACCUGAAGAUUUACGGCUAUAGGAGAAUGGGAAUUUCA